AACACUCGUAUUUGAAUUGAAAAUCCAUCUCCGCCAUGCUUUUAUUAUUUUUUAAACAUUAUUUCUCUUCUGCUCAUUGCAAAUGCUAAAAAACGGGCGGUUUCGUUUGACAGCAACUGUCAAAUGGUGCCCUUCGACGAAGUCACGCGAAAGAAAGGAAUCACAACAAAACAGCGAAAACCCCGCAACGCUACGAAUAGUUCGCAUCGGAAGAAAAGUGUUGGAAAUUGUACAUGCUUAAAGUUUGUGAGAACUGGAAAAAACAAAAAGCAAGCCAUGUCGACCAUGCUGGCGGAAGUGGAAGCCCUGGUGCUACAGCAUGUCCCCGAAUUGAUAAAAUCCUUGACCGGCUUUAGUGAAUCGGAGGAGAACUUCAGUAUUUGCUAUAAUUUCACCCUCGGAACGAUAAGAAGCGACCGGUACUUGUCGGUAAAUAGUCAUGAAAUACGGAGAAAGAUUGAGGCGGUUAUAGAAAACAUGGAAAUUACCAACUUUACCACGGAGGCUGGUCACCUGCGCCGGUGCUACGAGGAGUUGAUCAAUGAUCCGGCGUGUUUGGAUCACUAUGUGCACGACAUACACUGGUCGAUAGUGCUAUUUCUUCUAACUGUUGCGUACAAUCCAGUCGGAGCUUUAAAGGAACGUCUGCGGAGGGGGGAAACGAUGGUACUGUUUGAACCUGAACCAGCGGAAGUCAAACUGCAGGACAAGGAACGGGAAGCACUAAUUGCAGAGCUGCUCGAGGACAAUCUUCCGCUCGAACCUCGCGAUGAUAAUGAAGGUUCGGAGCUGAGUGAUUGGAGUGAUUUAGAGGAGAGUGCCUCGGGAUACUAUCACAGUAUAGAGCAGAAGGAGGUGGAGGUUGAAUCGAUUGAGGUGGCCAACAAGCUGGAGGAUGGUAAGACCGCUGAGUCCACUGAAAUGGUGGUGUUUAGUAAGAUUCAGCCACCAAGGCAGGAAGAAUCUUACGAAACGUUCAGCGACGAAUUUGCCAUCGAUUGGCUGCAGGAAAACGUUCAGUCUGCCUGGUGGGACGAUCCUCAAUACAAGGUGGAGGUAAACAGCGAACAUAGAGGGGCAUCGUUUUGCGAUUUCUGGACCGAGCGUAUCGUAAAGGUGUCGCAUGGGUUUCUCAAAAGCGAUCCCGUCUCCACCGUGUCGGAGUAUUGCAUUCUGAGAGAGAUACUGUGGAUGUUCACCAACCCCGUCGAUUGCAAGCUGUUCCGCAUCGAUGACGAUCAGAUUUGGAUCAACACAAAUGUCUCGCUCUCCAGCACCACCGAACACGGCAUACAGACGUUCCUGUUGAAUUUUACCGAGUACAUGACUAUCGCGUAUCGGUUGAGAAACUUUUGUCGAAGCAUUUUGGAACACACGGCGCGAAGCCUUCCGGCGCCACACUCGUUCGAAUGCUAUGCGGCCGUGAAAAGCUUUUUGGACCACAUGGAAUCGGUGAUGAUACGGCACGAAAAGGAGCUUAUCAAGCAAGAACCAGGCAAGUCGCACACGAUCAUUAAGCUGUUCCAUGAGCUGGAACCGGAACUGUUUGUGCUGAAGAAGCUGUACGACAUCCAUAAGUUCUCCGUGCUGGACUGGACCAAAUUCCCGGCCCACAUUGCGGUCGCCCAUCUGCUGUCGGGGCUUUUCCGAAGCGUCAAGCUAAGCGCCAACCUUGAGAAGGGAAAUCUUGCCUUUGCGUUGCUGCUGGCCGCUUUGAAGUGUUACAUGAACAUGAUCGACACCUGGUGGACGGAAGGCCGUCUCGAUGAUUGGCGGGAAGAGUUUUUGGUGGAAAAAACGUACGGCGAGCAUUCUCCCACCGGUCUGCAGACCGGGUAUCAGGCCCGGAUGUUUUCCAAGUGCAAAAUACGCUCCUUUUACGUGAGUUCGGCCAUUUCGGAGGUGAUUGAAAACGAUCCAAUCAUUAAGCUGUUGCUGCACCACUCAUUGGAGGCCGGCUACACGCUGAACAUUCUGAACGGGCUGGAUAGGAUAAGCGAUAUGCGCAAGGAACAAGGUACGGACGAGCAUUUGAUCUAUACCAGUUUUUUGAAAUCAAUCGUAGACGAGCUGGAAAGAUUCCGUACAGAAAAUCCCAAGGAGAGCGGUUGCGAAUCUGAUGCGCAGGUGUCCUUAGCAGUAGAGGAAAGAGAACAUUCCAUGGUGGAAAAUCUUCGGAAACAAAUGCGAGAGGUUUGUGAUGAUGAUCUCUUGCUUUUGGCCUUCAAUAGCACUCUUCAGUUGGUGGAUGAGAGCUAUCGCCGGACUGAAGCUUCCGAACCAUCUCAGUCUUCCGCCGCACUGUCCGAUCGAACGCUCUCGAACGCUUACACGCUGUAUAUGAAGCUUAAUUCGAUAUCUACCCUGCAGCUACCGCUCGAGCAUGUCCUGUUUAAUGCGAUAAAAAAUCUCAUGGAAACUAAACGGCACGCAGCAAAUCACUACGUCACGUACAUCUACAAGGACGAGUUCCACGUGAUGGACCAUUUGAAAAAUAUUCGCAAAGUGCUGCUGCUCGAGGCGAGCGAUUUGAUGGAUUAUUUUUACAGCGAUCUGUUCCGCCGGAUCGAGGCAGGUGAAAACUGGGCCAACCCGUAUCUGCUCACGAUUCAACUGAACGAUAUUCUAGCGUCACGGUUCAACGACAUGACGUCACUUUUCACGGUCGAAGUGAAUCGUACCGCUGGUUACAAGCUCGACACAACCACGGUACUGCUGGCGAUCGACGAAAUACGUGUGCUGUACAAUCCGAGUCACGAUUUGAGCAACAUGAUCAACGACGACACGAUGGCCAGCUACAAUAGCGUAUUUCGGUUCCUGUUGAAAGUGAAAUGGGCGCUCGGUACGCUGGAAAUGCUGCGCUUUCCGGAACUGUUGAAAAAGCGGCCUCCCUACGCGAGCUUCGGCAUGCUCGAUUUGAUCCUGAAGCGGUUGGCAAUGCUCAAGUUUUGGAUGAUAUUUUCGGUGCAGUGCAUCCAUUCCCAUCUGAUGACGCACGUGCUGCAAUCGUUUGGCGAACAGCUCGACGAGAAGCUGGAUCUGGCCGAUAAUUUGAGUGAAAUGAUAACGGUCCACCAGUCGUACAUUGGUACGAUUUUCGAUCAUUGCUUUCAGCAGGACGAUAGCAAACCGGUCAUGGAAGGCAUUGUGCGCCUGUUAAACUUGGUGCACAUUCUGCGUGACGAGUGGAACAACACCGUACUGCACACGGAAAUGGACGCCCGAGGCGAUAUCCCGGACAACAGUACAAUGGGUGAUUUCAUCGAAAAUUCUCAGGUGGACGAACUGGAGCGAACGUACUGCAAGUGUCAUCAACAGCUGGCCAAAUUGCUAAGUCGUGAAGCGUACGGAAAGCACAAGUUACAUCUUACGGGGCUCGCUGAUGCGUUUAGUUACAAUGUGCCAUACUGAGGAUUUGUCGCGUUAGUAUUGCAAACUGCGCUUCGUGCCGAUGUCGUCC